AUGCCCAGUCCGGUCGUCGGCUUAACAGCCUAUGGCAUUAUUACGGUGCUGACGUUGACUACAGCGUAUCCCGCUGCAUUUCCUCUACAAUCCAAACUGAUCUCCAUCGCUCCGGCUCAGAUAGAAUACGGACAAACAGCAAAUAUAUUCACUUUCAGUGUGAAACCUGUCCGCGUCUGCGUGGAGACUUUGGGUCUUAACAGUGUCGAUGCGCAAGCAGUAUCGUGCAAACAGUCUGAACCGUUUGGUGACCUAUAUCGUACCGUCCUACUAUAUGACCCUCCAAUUGAUAUCGAUACAGAUGAAGAUAUGACCAAUUCCUUAAUCAAGAUAAGGCUGAGAGCGGAGUUUGUGCAUGAAGUGUCCACUGCAGGUAACCUAAAGUUUGUGGCGCAAACGCAUACGCUAAUGUAUCGCAAAAGAAGGUGUGUGGUUUUCAUCGAAACUGAUAAACCCGGCUACAUUCCAAAUGAGAUCGUCCACUUGAGUGUGACAGUAAUCCAUCCUGUCCACUGGUCCCUGGAGGAGGCCAAUAAUAAAAGAACAACCGGUGAUUCCACGGCACUUGUACGAUCCAUCCAGCUUCACGACUCUACAGGGGGACUGAGAAAAGAGUGGACAAAUUUGACGGAAGAUAAGGCACGAAAGUUAUCAUUCGAACUACCCGGAGACGCAGUAUCAGGCCGAUGGAACGUCACUGUCUUUGUGUGUCGCGGUAAAGAUCACGCGGAAUUUACGGUACUGAAUGCCAAUCACGCAACACCUACAGUGAGCUUCCAUCAACCUCGUUGGUUUCGUGAUCCUUUCGGUCAAGUGCAGCUUGGACUGUGUGCGAACACAUCGCUGGGCGAUCCAGCCUAUGGUACAGUGAAAAUGAUUCUGUGUAACAGUCGUCUAGAACAAUUGGAGCAAGCCCUGUUCCGUGAACAGUACUCAAUCGACCAGCUAAACACUACCCAGCUGUUUUCAAUGGAAGCAGUUUAUGUAAUUGAAAGCCUGAACUACCCCAAGCCCUGUUCUUUGCGCUCGCUAACGUUUGACGAAGAUGGAUGCGUUGUGAGUAACUUUACCCUGGACGAUUUGGCCGUUCAGAAGUACGGCAAUCUGCACGAGAUGGGGGGUCUCAUAUUAUGCACAGAAUUUUUCGACCCAACCGAACCAUACCUUGUUCAUCUGUGUGACAUUUCCAGUCGUAUUACCAAGCCAGACACCGAGCCGUUUGCUCUAUUCCCAGACUACUACAAGUAUGGGCUUCCAAUAAAGACCAGGCUGCAGUUUACCAGCAUUAACUUCAGCGGUCGUCGCGUUUCCUUGACAGUCACUCACGAGGAGAACCAGUGCAGUUGGACCCAAAACGGAUCCACCUCGAUCGAAGAUGUUUUACGCUUCAAUUACACAGUGGAUGAGUUCAACGGUGCGGAUGUUAUACUUCCACCCAUCUUCUCCUCCGAUUCCAUCCGCGUGCUUUUCCACUAUCACAUCGAGCCAGAUGAGUUACAGACAGAUUGGAAAUUCCGCGCGCACAGACUCAAGAGUGCCCACUCCUUUUCCAAAGAAAUGAUCCAAUUUUGGCCAAGCGUACAAAACAUAUCCAUUGGAUGUGCACGUACCACAAGGCUUACUGUGAUGGGGAACACCCCAUUGUCAAACAAACAAUUUUUACUGCACGCCUUCGUGCGGGGAACUAUUUUGCCCCUCAAUUGGACCGAUGUUUCGGAUGGAAUGGAAGACGAAUCGGAAUGCAUCAAUCAAGACGGGCCGCUAGGACAUUUCCAGUGUCUGGAAAAUCGCACUGUUUCAUGUCUACCAGGUUGGCGUGGACCACAUUGUCUACAGCUCCAUUGUUCUCGUCCAUGCCUUCCGCUCAGAGGCUUCUGUUCCACAGGCGAUCGGUGUGAAUGUAUUCAUCCAUGGUACGGAGAAUCAUGUUACGACUCGAACACUAUCAACACAACCAGCACGACAACUGAAGAACCUACAGGUUACUUUGAUGAAUACCGAAUUUAUCAACGCACAAUACAGGUGAAUCAGUUGCCUGAUGUCUUCGGCUCUAUUCCUUUGGUUCUUUUUUACAUUAAAACAUUGGAAAGUGAUCUGAUUGAGGCAAUUAGCACACAUGUGAACGUUAUUCGCUCCGGUUCAUAUACGUGUGGUUUGUCUACUCCCACAGACGUACAAGGUCCAGGUGUCUAUUUCAAGUCCAACAGCGCUCAAAUCGGCUCAACAGCUAUCCUGACGAUAGUAACGCCGGUGAAAACCCGUUCACAGCAGUCGACAAAUGAUACAGUCUGUCAAGUUCGAGUUUGGGACGAACGUAUGUUGCGUAUGUGGUCAGGCGAGGAGCGAGGCCGUCUUCUGAAUCAGGAGACAUUCCAGACCAAAUUCCAACCAGAGAAGAAUGACGUAACCUUCCCGAAAUUUCUUUACUCUAGUUAUUAUGAGUUGUGGUCCAGUUCUGUCAGUCAAAGCUAUGCCACACACGUUACCGAAGAACCCUCUGUUGCCUGUGAAAAUCGUUUCCCAACAACUAUAGGUGAACUGGUUUGGCAGCCUGUACAGCGAAACUGGACCUUACCCACAAUGUUGCUAUUCGAGUCUGUGCGUCCAGCGAUCAGUAUGGAUGGAUGGCUUGGAGCACAAUACAACAUGUCACUUCCGCCAAUUGGCCGCCAUUGGAAAGCUAGUGUGUUUUGUUUUGGGAAGGACCUCAAACUUUGGAGUGCCACUUCGGAAACGCUGGUAGUUCAGCCUGCGGUUCGAGUACGGGUAUUCGGAGCAUCGAAACUGAAACUGUACGAAAUCGCUCGCAUAGACGCUGUGGUAGAGUUUGGAACUUCCGACCCCACCAUCGACUGCUACGACGUUCGGCUAAAUUACAUUUCCAGUUCGGAUAAAGUUACGUUUUACGGACCUAGCUCUUACUCCCACUGUGUUUGUGCCAAGAGCGCAGUGAUAUUUACAACCUGGAUAGCAAUAAAUGCUCCUGGGAUGUUUCAACUAAUUGUUGAUCUGCACGUGACUCCCGAAGAGCCUGGUUGCGAAAGGAACUUCACAAGGACCGGGGUUGACAAGGUCACUCGUCGAGUUUACCACACAAUAAGCUCCACUGUGGAACAGUAUCAUUCAACCGAAGUGGGAAUCCUGUAUUGCAUGAAUUUGAGCCCAGAAACUCCCAGAGAAAGCAUCAGGAAUGUCACAUUGGUUCUACCACCUUUCUUGCCAAACAAUACAAGGAGCGGUACGCUGACAGCGUUCGUUUCUUACAGCGGAGAUGUGGUCGGACCAUUGGUCAGAAAUUUCAACCGCAUUGCAAGCAGACCUGUCAGUGAUGCCUACGACAACUUGGCUUUGGUUUACGCCGGAGCCAAUGUACUCAAACACCUCCACAAGAUGCGGUAUGCGACAGCUGACGUGACUCCCACCUUCGGUCCUAGGACUCAUGCCGCUGUGGUCCGACACUUCAAUGAACUUUCUAAGUUCCUAUGGCAGUUGACACCAACCGGUUUGCACAUGGCCAGUGAUAGAAUGGAUUUGCGGUUUGCCGCCUCGCUGUAUGAAACACUUGGCUAUUUUGACACAUACAACUCGAGGUAUACUCCUCUGGAUGUCAGUUGGCGUAGAGAUUGGCGAUACUCGACCACGUUUGGUUAUUAUCCAUGGAAGUAUAAUCAGAACGUCGAAUAUGCCACAGUCAAUCUUCUGCGGUACUUCAUUGGCAAUCAGGACUCAGAUGGCUGCUUUGGAUACAUUUCAUCUAAUGAUACUGCGUCCGAAGAUGCUCGACUCCCUUUGAGCGCUCACAUGUUCAUAGUACUCCAGACAAGGUUUCCUCCGAUGCUGCUUCUUGAUGACGCGAAUAAAACUUUCGGCCAAAUGCUGAGCUCCUUGAAAGCCUGUCUCAUGCAACCAUUCCCUGAGGAGAUAUCAGAUGAAGAGUUAUACAAACACGAUACUCAAACCUUGGCUUAUCUAGCACACGCAAUGGUACUGAUGGACCCGAUGCCGCAAUUAGUUCAUCGAGUGUUAAAAACGCUGGCCUCACGCUCACGUGAAGAACUGGCUUGGGAUGGGUGGCCACAAACCUACUGGACAGCGGAUGAGGAAGAAGUUAUUUUGGACACCGCAAUGGAGGUGACAAUGCAUGUUUACAUGGCGUUAGCCGAAGUGAAUCCUUUCGCGGACGUUCUGGUGCCGAUUGUUCGUUGGAUCACUAAUCACCAAAAUGCGUUUGGCGAAUUUCCGACAUCAAAAACCUUCUUUGCGGCGGCGCAUGUUUUGUUUGAUUUCUCGUAUCGCGUCAGUUACUUCGCUGUAAGCAGGAAGAGUUUGGACCUGGAAGUCUCGAUGCAUUGGGCCUCAGAGCAAUCUACAUCCCGUCAAUUUUGGCAAGGCAUCGACAGAGACGUGGGUGAUGUGUUUUAUCGCUAUCAACCUGGUGAACCGGUCGAUAAAGCAACAAUGACGUUCGACCUUCAUGAUAUAGUGCCGACGUGCAUAGUCGGCAAGGCGGCCUAUCUCUACUUGACCGAAGAUGCACAACCCAAUCAGCUCAGUGUAUUGCAAGAAUACGACAUUCGGAUCAAUCACAUGGUAGACGAAAGUUGUCGAAAGAUUCACCUGGUGAUCUGUUCGCCAAGGACACGUAGUUUAAUUUUGACUGUCCAUCCCCAAAGCGGUUGGGAGAUAUCUGAUCGGAACAAGCUAUUGUUGACAUCUUACGAAUGCAACAUAGCGCUAUCCGACUGCAACAUCGUUACAGUUAAUGAAUUCGACCGCGUUGUCGUCAAGCAUGAAGUAGUUGCGGAAGGAAGAGACGGGCUCGAGGCGGAUUGGUGUUUUGAAAUUCCGUACACCCAGAUGGGUUACGUUCAAUACGCUUCACCCUUGGAGAUCUUCAUCAUGAUGCGCGAAACGUCAAUGAAGGACAAUCAGCCGAUACAAUACCGAUUGCCAGACUGCGGUUCGCAGGAGAUGGCGUUGUCUCACCAACCUGAUUCGUCGUCAACUCCACUAGAAUUCAUCAACUGCCCACAAGUUGUGCAUACUCUACUAUCGGAAUUGGACGGUGUGAUUAUGCUACUGAAAGAAUUUUCCACACAACCCAUGCAUGCCUUCCAAAUCAAACAGCCCAUGGGUCAGUCGCGUUACAUGCAGGUAUAUAGAGUGGAUAACACCGGUCUCAUCGGCAAAUGGAAUACUUCCAUUGAUCUCAUAAACAUGGAUUGUGUGGAUCUGACCGUAAACACCCUCCACAUCAUCCCGCCCAUGCGUUUGGAGGAUGGUGCGCAAACCGUCAUCGCGUUGCAACGUGACAUCCUUGAGCAGUUGUGGUACACAUCAAGGGCCACGUUAGGCAACAGUGCACGAGCACUAUUCACUCUGAUUCUGUUUGGUGAUUAUACCGGGUGA